UCGUCGCUGUGUCUGUUCUCAUGUACCGCCCGCGAAAAUGUGAUUUUUUUGGAAUUUUCGUCACAAGCUCCUAACCUUCAGAGCAAUUGCUUGUUAUUACGACGAUUUUCGUGAUUAUAAAUUCACUCUUGCAGGAUGAGAGGUUUAUCAAACAUCAAAUCACAUUCAAUCUCGUGUGGAAAAUUGAGAACGCGGAGAUUUGCUACGGAAGUGGAGAAGAGUUCUAAAAAAUGGAAACCUGUGGUUGGUCUCGAGAUUCACGCGCAGAUUUCAACGGCGUCGAAGCUCUUCUCUGGGGCGAGCACUAAUUUUGGAGAACCGGUGAAUUCUUGUGUUUCGUUCUUCGAUUGUGCUACACCAGGAACUCUUCCGGUGCUGAAUAAAAAAUGUGUAGAAGCUGGAGUGCUGACAGCCCUGGCAUUGUCCUCACAGUUGAAUGAAGUCUCACUGUUCGACAGAAAGCACUAUUUCUACGCUGAUUUACCAUCCGGUUACCAAAUAACUCAGCAGAGAAAACCUCUAGCAGUAGGAGGAGAGUUAAAGUUCUCAGUUUUCACCCCUGGAAUUCAUAAGGAGCCUUACCUCAAGUCGUCAAAGUUGAAGCAAUUGCAGCUGGAACAAGACAGUGGAAAAAGUCUGCAUGAGGAGCCCAGAGGCAGGAGUCUUGUGGAUUUGAACAGAGCAGGGGUACCUCUCAUGGAAUUUGUAUUCGAACCAGAUCUUUCUGAUGGCGAAGAAGCUGCAGCUCUCGUGAAAGAACUCAGUCUUGUGUUGCAGAGACUGAAUACAUGCUCUUGCAAGAUGGAAGAGGGUGCCCUUCGUGUAGAUGCUAACAUCUCCCUGCACCGUCCGAACGACCCCCUGGGCGUGAGAACAGAGGUGAAAAAUAUCUUCAGUAUCCGUGCAGUAGCAGCAGCGAUAAAAUACGAGAUAGAACGACAAACGGCAUUACUGGAAAAAGGUGAGAAGAUCGUCAAUGAGACUCUCUCGUGGGACGCUGUGAGGCACAAAACAGUCUCCAUGAGGGACAAAGAGGAGAAGCAGGACUACAGGUUCAUGCCAGAGCCCAAUUUACCACCACUUCGUCUGCACCUGAGGAAGGACGAGAAGAACUAUCGUAAUCUGGUCGACGUGCCCAGGCUAAAAACCCAAUUACCAGAACUGCCUGAGCAACUGCGAUCCAAUCUCAGGGGGAGCUUCAGUUUACCUCCACAGAUUGCUGACAGGAUAGUCAAUAACGCAGUGCUAUUUCAAUUAUUCGGGGAUAUUAUGAGGGAGAAUCCCAAGAGGAGCCCCAAGGCUGUUUCUAACAUACUGCUGGGAGAGCUUUUGGAGUAUACGAAUAAAAAUAAAAUCGAAUUGGAUAAUUUGUUAAUAUCACCGAGACAAAUUGGGGAAAUGAUCGACUUGUUAGAAAGCGAAAUCAUUAAUAUAGCUACAAUUAAAAAAUUGUGGGAGAUAUUGAGGGAAGAUUCAACUGCUUUGCCCACCAGGAUCGUCGAAGAGAACGGAUGGGAGCAGAUAAACGAUGACGAUACAUUGAGGCAACUGUGUCAAUCAGUCCUCGAUGACGAUCCGUCAUUAUUAAAAGCGUUCAAAGCUGGAAAAAAGAAAGUGUUCCGCGCAAUGUUGGGUCCAGUUUUUAAACGAUCAGAAGGUCGAGCCAACAUGGGAAAGGUUGUGAAAAUCCUGCAAGAUUUAUUGAAAUAGAAAAGAAGUGUUAAUAGCUGUAAAUAAAAGAAAAUAAACAUGAGUAGUGGAGUGUUAAAACAGGACAAAUCAAUUCAGUAGUGAAGCGGUAAACCGAGUUAAGUCGAUUUGGACUAUUAGCCAGUUUUUGCUGAAUA